AUGGCACGUUUCAUAUAUAGCCUUUUCAUCAGGUGCCAAAACGUACACAUGAACAGCAGACUUGGCUCCUGCCAGGCUACGAAAACAUUCAAGGGAACUGUCAUUCAAGCUUCAACCACGGAAUAUAAUUCUCCAUGCGCCAUCCUACUCAAGUUCUACUACUAUAUGUACCAGACGACUAACAAUUCGCUCGACGACAAGAGGAAAUGUGAAGACAGAAAGCCACGUACCUCGCAUAUUCAGAGUGGAUGUGAACUGCCAUCAGUUCUCUUACAUCUACCAUCCCUCUACAUACAUGCCAUUCGUGAAGUGAUUGGUAACGACAUGGACAAGAUCAUGGUUUUCGAAUGGAUGGAUACUGACCUGUGGUCAUUGCGGGACCGGGCAAGAGAGCUAGUCCAACCUUUUCUAAAGGUCGCGGCAAAGUCUAUGCUUGAAGCUGCCAAUGGGCAAGAUCCAAUUCUUGUGGGCCCUCUGGAACGCAUUGAGGGUUCAAAGUGCACACUAGAGUUUGAGCUGGCUGAAGUCUUGGUAGAGCGAGGAAUCAUGAAAAUGUGCCGCAGUCUUAAGGAGGAGCUUGCCCAAGUUAUUAUGCCAGCUGAUUCCAUCGAUUUUAUUCAGCACUUUCCGACGACCCUGAUCAUAAGAAACGGCAAACAGUAG